UUUAAAAAGGAAAUAUCAAAAAAAGACAUAAUAUUUAUUGUAUUUAACAUGAACAGUUUUUCGUUGAAAGUGGUUAUUUUAGGGAUAAUUUGGCGGAUAUAUCUAACCAUUGCCGAGUCCGAAAACCAGAGUCCAGUCGUUACAGAUGGUAAUCGGGCCGAAGUAGGACAAUUUCCUUGGCAUGUUAUUUUAAAAGUACAAAAUUUUGAUGAUGAACUAGAGUCAUUUGGCGGUUCUAUUAUUUCCAAUAAAUGGGUUCUAACAGCCGCAUAUCCCUUUUAUUCUCCUUAUUUAGUUAAGUUAAUAUUUGGAACUAUAGAACUGGACAAUAAUGACACCACAAUGAUUUCUUCAAAUGUCUUCAUACAUCCUCAAUUCAAUAGGUCAACUUAUAGAAAUGAUAUAGCAUUGAUUGAAUUGGAAUUUGAAUUGGAUUUUGACAAUAAUAUACAACCUAUUGCAUUAGCAUCUGCUGCGCAGUCAUCAAAUGAUUUUAUUGGAGCUAAUGUUAUUAUAACUGGUUUUGGUCUGACCGCCGAUGUAUUAAAACUUUCCGAUUGGUUGCUAUGGACUACUUUGGAAAUUGUCAAUAGUAGUGUAUGUGAUAGCGUUUUCGAUAUACCAGUGUUAGAUUGUGAAAUGUGCGCAAGUGCUUUAAAGGGUAUAUCUCCAUGCGAUGGAGAUUCUGGCGGAGCUUUAGUUUGGAAAAAUGAAAAUGAUAAGAUGGUUCAGAUCGGUCUAUUUUCGUUUUCUAUGCUAGAAUGUUCAAAAUAUCCUACAAGUCAUAUUAAAGUAAGUUCAUAUUUGGAUUAUAUUCAUAAUAUAACGGGUUUAAAUUUUGAUUAA